GCUUUAGUACUGAAAAGGUCGUGGAUUUGUGUAGUUGUCGUGCUCCGUUGCCGCCGUUUGCCGUUGUCGUAGUCGUUCUCGUUGUCGUGUUGUCGUUGUCGUUGUCGCUGUCGCACGGACAUCGCAUCGUAUCGCAUCGCCUCACAUCGCGUAGCCGCAGUGUUGACCGUCCGCAUCCGCAUCCGCAAACUGGCAAACGAAGCAAUUGGGCUGGAAAUCAAGAAACAAGUGCCAGCCAAGCUAUUCGAAGGUAUAUCUCAAUCGGUUAUCGCAAUUGUUGAAUGCUGAAUAUACAACACAAAUAAAAAUAAAUAAAUGAAAAUAGAAAAACGUCAAGCGAGACGAGAGUGCACGUGCUAGUAGGAGUAGAAGUAGAAACAUCUCAAACGCCUGCGUUAAGUUUCUGAAUGUGUUGUUAUGCAAAUCGCGUCCUUUUUGGCUUGAGGCAACAAUACAGUGAGUGUGUGUGAGUGAGUGCGAUUGGGAGUGUGUAUGUGUGUGCCGCAGUUACAGUGUACGACUAUAUACAAGUAUGUGCGCUUUAGUACGCGCCCACAAUGCAUAAAUCAAAAUACACAUUAUUGAGUCAUAAAUAAAGUUCGCAUCGGCUGCUACUUUAAAUAUUGGCCUCGCGGCUGGCGGCGAUUCGAAGACGAGAAAGUUAGCAGCACAAGCAAGGCCGACGAAAUCGAAAUUUAUGCCUCGCACCCGCCAAAUACUUUGCCAUAUUUUUUGCUCAAUUGCCUGCCGCUCCUCCAGCUCCUUUUGAUAUGAUGUGUGUGCGUCUCGCUGGCUGCAUGAAAACUCGCUCAAUGCCAACACGCCCUCUACAGGAGCAAUAAGAAAUAAGCACAGCAGCAGCAACAACUCCAUUUCCUAACCCCUGCGGGCUGAUUUUAUUACAAGGGCCGUAAAAAACGCCAAAAAGCGGAGUAAACGCCACAGCAAAAGGAUACAAUACGGCCAAAACAGGGCUAUCACUCGAAGAGGAAAGGACACGGCGAAGCUGCAGGAUGCCAGGCAAAAGGAUUUGAAAUUACAUUUUUAAUGCCGAGGCGGGCAAGAAAAAGAGCGCGAAAUGAGCAGCACGUGCGCGCUUUAUUUUAAAUAUUUAUAAACAAACAAUCACACACACACAGUGCACGAACGCACGCGCACACCUAUCCACACACACAAACACACAUAUUUAGGUGACCAAAGUUAAGCCUCGUCAAAUUGUAUUAAAAAUUCAUCUUAACGGUUAUGCGUUUUGUACAAACAGUCGAGUGGCUAAGGAGCCGGGAAAAAAAUGUUUGUAAAUAUUAAAAUGAAUUUAUGUGCAGAGCAAAAGUUUUUAAUUAAGUGAAAAGCGAAAACACGAGUGGAAACGAUAAAAACGCGCCGCCAAACAGGAAGGAAUCAUCGAGCGUGUGAAUUAGAGCAACGAGCUUACAUAUUUGAAGCGAUGUUCGAGCAGCCAGAACCCAAUUUAUUUGCAUACCUAAUGCCCGUGCAGUGAGCCUCGGCAAAUUGCGAAGCCCAGCGCAGAAUACAAACCAAACAGUUAUCACCAAUUGGCCAAUCGGAUCGGUAGCAGUCAGCUAUAGCCAUGUCCUUCACCGGCUCAUUCCUUAUAUGCCUGAUCAUGGGAGCCAUCACCAAUGCGAAUUCGCACGACCAUGCCGAUGGCUUCAAGCCAGAUGGCGAAAUCCUGCGCGUCCUGGUGAACAGCUCGGCACAAAUCAAAUGCGAUGUGGGCUCCAGCCAGGCCGAUGACAAAGUGCUUCUGGUUGUUUGGUACAAGAAUAAUUUACCCAUUUACAGCUACGACACACGUGGCGCCCACGCAGGCACCCCAUCCCAUUGGCGCGACGAGGAGGUCCUCGAAGAUCGGGCCGUAUUUCGAACGCACAAGGUGCCGGCGGAAUUGAUUAUAAAUCCGCUUAAGGAAAAGGAUGCGGGCAACUUUCGGUGUCGCGUGGACUUCAAGCUUUCGCAGACCCGCAACAGCAACGUCAAUUUGGAGGUUGUCGUGCCGCCAACGCAGCCGAUUGUCUUCAAUGAGCGUCGCCAGCGAAUCGAUUCGAGAGCUGGUCCCUAUGAAGAAGGUGGCAGCCCGGAAGUCACCUGCGCUGUUUACGGCGGCUCUCCGCCGCCGACAGUCAUCUGGCUGAUGGAUGGGCAGUUGCAGAAUGGCGUUACCGAUUACACAUACGAUGGUGCCAUCACCAACAGGCUGGUAAUUCACAACCUGUCAAGAAUCCACCAGCAUGCGGUCUACACCUGCCAGGCCAGCAAUUUUCACAAGAAAUAUGUGGCCACCAACAUAACGAUCGACCUCUACCUGCGCCCUCUGCUGGUGGAAAUCAGCUUUAACAAUCAGCCGAUGUCAGCGGAUCGAAAGUAUGAGAUCGAGUGCCAGGCGAUCGGAUCGAGGCCACCGGCCAAAAUCACCUGGUGGAUGGGCAAUCUCGAGCUGCAUGGCCACAGCCAGAAGGUUUCUGAGGACGGCAAUGUCAGCACUUCGGUGCUUUCAAUCACACCCACAAGAGAGGAUCAUGGCAAGGCCUUAUCCUGUCGGGCAACCAAUGAACUCGUUCGAAAUGGCAUUCGAGAAACGGCCAUGAAGCUGAAUGUGUUUUUCAUUCCCACCUUGCAGCUGGACCUGGGCUCCAAUCUGAAUCCGGAGGAUAUCGAGGAAGGCGAUGAUGUCUACUUUGAGUGUAAAGUGCAUGCAAAUCCGGCUGCUUAUAAAGUUGUAUGGAAGCAUAAUCACCAAAUCAUCCAGCACAACCAGCGAGCGGGCGUGAUUGUCAGCAGCGGAGAUCUGGCGCUCCAGGGUGUCACUCGUCACCAAGCUGGAAACUACACCUGCACUGCCUCGAACGUGGAGGGCGAUGGGGAUUCGAAUGUGGUCGAGCUGAAAGUGAUGUAUAAACCAAUUUGCCGGCCCGAUCAAAAGAAAAUCUAUGGAGUGGCGCGAAACGAGGCCGCCGAAAUAGUGUGCGAAGUGGAUGCCUUUCCGCCGCCGGAGAACUUCAAGUGGUCCUUCAACAACACGGCGGAGACCUUCGACAUGCCGCAGAGCGGUUUCCGGCCCCAUUCCGCCCAGGGUUCGACCCUCACCUACACCCCCGUCAAGGAAAUGGACUUUGGCACCAUCAUGUGCUGGGCCGACAACAAUGUGGGUCAGCAGAAGGAGCCCUGUGUGUUCCAUUUGAUAGCCGCUGGCAAACCGGAAGCGCCCACCAAUUGUACGGUGGUCAAUCAAACGUCCGACUCGCUGGAGGUUUAUUGCAUUGAAGGAUUCGAUGGCGGAAUGCGGCAGUGGUUCCUCAUGGAAAUCUUCGAUCAGCACAGUGGUCAGCUCCAGGCCAACAUCAGUGCCAAGUUUGCGGCCCUGAGUGUUACGGGUCUGGAUGCUGGUCGUCUCUUCCGGAUCUAUGUGUAUGCCGCCAAUGGACGAGGACGCAGCGAUGCCAUUGCCCUCGAUGGAUACACUUUGAAGGCGGCCGAGAAGCAGACCGUUGCCCUGACCUCCUACAAGGGCAGCGCCCAGAGUCCUGAUAACUUCGAGCUGACACCGAUCCUGUCGAUUGGCAUCUUCGUGGGCAUCCUGGUGGCCAUCGUGUGCAUCGGUAUUGGCACCAUUGCCGCACUGAAGCUGCGCUCGCAUAAGCAUCAGCAGCAACAGAAAUUCGUACAUCCGAAUGCGAAAUUCUCACGUCCGGGCAAUUUGCAAAUUAAGGACAAAAUCUCAUUGCCAUUGAGUCACUCCGAGGAGAUGUACGACGAGAAGAAUCCCGAUGUGGUGCCCUACAAUGAGGUUGAUGGCGAAUAUAAACAAAAAUCAGCAACACAAACGCCAUCGGGACAUCUUUCAACGACCAGCGAGGUGGAAAUCAGCUGCAAGCCGGGCUCAACAUCCGGCACCGGAAUCGUCCAGGCCAACUCGGCGGACAGUGGCACCUAUCAGAGCAGCAAGGACGAUGAGCUGCACUACGCCGAGCUGUCGCUGACCAACAUGCCAUCCGGCAGCAGUGGCGCCUCCAAGAAGGGUCAGCCCGUGGGCGGGGUGGGGGUGGUGCAGCACGUGGUGCAGCAGCAGCAACAGCAACAGCAGCAGCAGGGGCAGGUUCAGCAUCCCCAUCCGAUGUUGGGUGGCACCUUGCCACACGGCUCCAGUAUGCGGAAGCUGCUGCCGACCAUUCCGGCGACGGCGACGCUGCAGCGCCACAAGCCAAAUGCGGGCGGCAUGCAGCAUCCGCACCAGCACGCUCCGCCGCCCACGUACGACUACGAUUACUUUGAGGAGCCGACGAUAUAUGCGCAAAUCGAUGCGUACAAGACGAUGCAGGUGGACACAGGAACAGGUGUGGCAGGUGUCGGUGUCGGUGUCGGUGGAUCAGGAUCGGGGGUAACCGGUGCGGGGGCAAGCAUCUCAUCGCCAGGAUCGCAUGGCACCCCAUCCACGGUGUCGCCUGGCACCGUGCAAAUGUACACCCUGCCCCAGCAUCCCGGUGGCUACCACACACUGCCGCACAAUCAUCACGCACAGCAGCAGCUGGCGGGCGGUCCGCAGAACUCCGCUUCGAUGAUGCAAAUGAUGCACCAACAGCAGCAGCAGCACCAGCAAAUGCACCACCAUCCUGCGUCCAACAUGCCACCCUCCUACCAGCAACACCAGCAGCAACAGCAGCAAAUGGCCCAUGGCCAGAUGCUGGUAUCGAGCAACAGCAGCGGAUUGGCCUCCACCACGGCGGCCGUGGCCAGUCCCAGUAGCUCAUUAUCGGGACUUUCGGGCGUGGGCAAGUCCUAUUCGCGCGAAAUAGUCACCGUUCGCACCCCGCUCAUGUAUUCGCAGCAGGAGAGCUGCGUCUAAGGUCUCCCUGGCAUCUUACGGAUAUUCGCCGCCCCGAAUCCCCGAAAUUACCAAUUUAUGUAGUCAUGUAAGUCUUGAGCUCUUCGUGGUUGGUGUCUAGGCUAAGUGUUGCCAAAACGAAUUGAAGUAAAUUGCAGCGUUCUGUAGAAUUAAAUCGUUUGUGUGCUCGUCGAGGAACUGAAUAUUUUUUAGUACAAAGCUCAUACAAAGGCUGCCACAAAUCUUCUGCACUGAGCAUUACAAUCCUAAAGAAUACAAGCAGUAAUUCGGUUAACUUAUCAAUGUGCAACCAGUAAGCCCACAUUACUAAUUCUUUUAGGCCGCCAAUUUAUAAUUCAAUCACGAAAUAUACAUAUUUAAUUUUCUAUAUGCGGCUGCUGUGGUAGUUACAUAUCACAAAACGAAAUUAUAAUUUAGGUGUACAUUCUAACAACAAUGUUUAAUUAAUGCAUCAUAAAAAUUGAACGGUAAUUUAAAACAC